AUGUCGCUGAAGAUCUUUGAAAUCGAUGGUACCUUGCGUGGCUGCGAGGGGCAGAUCUGGGAUCGCGUCAACGGCUACAGGUGGUGGAAGAACGAGCUUGCUGAGAAAGAAGGCGGAAUGGAGAAGUUCGCCGAGGGAUACAAGAUCUUCGGCUUCAACAAAACUGAAGGUGGCUACAUCUACCGCGAAUGGCUGCCUAAUGCCAAGCAGGUUUUCCUCAUUGGUGAGUUCAAUGGCUGGCAAAACUCGACACCUUUGGAGAAUGAGGGUUUCGGGCGCUGGAAGGUGUUCCUGCCAGACAAGGCGGACGGCAGCCCCUUCAUCCCACAUGCAAGCCAGCUCAAGGUCCGCCUGGAAUCUAACGAUGGUGCCUGGCACGACCGUGUCCCUGCCUGGACGAAGUUGGCAUGGCAAGAUCACAGCACCAACCUGUUCAACGGCGUUUUCUGGGAGCCGAAAGAGGAGGAUCGCUUCAGCUUCAAGCAUGCCCGGCCGGACAAGCCUGCCAACCUCAAGAUCUACGAAGCGCAUGUAGGCAUGGGAACCGUCGAGCCGAAAGUCUCUACAUACGUCGAGUUUGCUGAUAACGUGCUGCCACGGAUCAAGCGCAUGGGCUACAACUGCGUGCAGCUCAUGGCUGUGGCCGAGCACGCGCACUACGGCUGCUUCGGCUACCAUGUCACUUCUUUCUUCGCGCCAGCCAGUCGAUCCGGAACGCCUGAGGAGCUGAAAUACUUGGUGGACACAGCCCAUGGUCUCGGAAUCCACGUGCUUAUGGACCUCGUGCACGCGCAUGCUUCCUCCAACACUCUGGAUGGGAUCGCGCAGAUGGACGGCACUGACCACUGCUACACACACGGAGGACCGAAGGGACAUCACAGCGAAUGGGACUCGAAGAUUUUCAACUAUCUGAAGUACGAGGUGCUUCGUUUCCUUUUGUCCAACGUGAAGUGGUGGUUGGAGGAGUACCAGUUCGACGGCUUCCGCUUUGACGGGAUCACCUCGAUGCUCUACCAUUCUCAUGGCAUCGGCAAGGGAUACACCGGCGGUUACCAUGAGUACUUCGGACCAGACGCCGACAUUGACAGUCACAUCUACCUCAUGUUGUCGAACGACCUGAUCCACACCGUGGUGCCAUCCGCUGUCACGGUUGCAGAGGAUGUCAGUGGCAUGCCCACGAUCGGCCUUCCGGUGGAGUAUGGUGGCUUCGGCUUCGACUAUCGACUUGCUAUGGCCAUCCCAGACAUGUUCAUCAAGCUCCUGAAGGAAGUCGGCGAUGAUGGAUGGGACAUGGGGCACAUUUGCUACACGCUGACAAACCGGCGACACCUGGAGAAGGUGGUCGCCUAUGCCGAGUCGCACGACCAAGCCAUUGUUGGUGACAAGACCCUUGCAUUCUGGCUCAUGGAUGCUGCAAUGUACACGGACAUGAGCCUCCACCAAAAUCCGCACCACACCAUGGCGGUGGAUCGUGGUCUGGCACUGCACAAGAUGAUCCGCCUUCUUGUGCAAGGUCUCGGAGGUGAGGGCUACCUCAAUUUCAUGGGAAACGAGUUCGGCCAUCCGGAGUGGGUGGACUUCCCCCGCCCUGAGAACGGCUGGAGCCACCACCACUGCAGGCGCCGCUUUGACUUGCCGGAGGAUGACCUGCUUCGGUACAAGUUCUUCCAGAACUUCGAUGAGUUGAUGAAUGCGCUUGAGAACCGCUUCCAGUACCUAUCUUCAGGGCAUCAGUACGUCACCCUGAAGCACAGCGAGGAUAAGGUGAUUGUCUUUGAGCGAGGGGACUUGCUGUUCAUUUUCAACUUCCACCCAUGCAACAGCUACGAAGGCUACCAGCUCGGCUGCUGCUGGAAUGAGCCUAUGCGAACUGUGCUGGACACUGAUGAGGGCCGCUUCGGAGGCCACCAGCGCCUCGAGUACGGACACGGAAACCCCUUCCCUCCGAUGCAUGGCACGCACAGCCGCAAUCACUCGGUGAAGCUGUAUGUCCCAUCAAGAACUGCGCAGGUCUUGGUGCGAGACAGCCUGGUGCAAGGUGGUGUGAAGAUCUGGGUUGACGCGACGUUCCUUGAAGCCAACGGCUUGGCCAGUCCCGCCGGCAUGCAAAUCGCACUCCAGACAUGGAAAGAUGGCAAGGAGGAGACGAUGGACUUCGCGUUCAACUCCGAGGGCUGCGUGGAACUUAAGCUCGACUUCGCUGCCACCUUCCAGGUUCUCCGGGCGGACGGCGAGGAGCUUCCUUGCAAGGCGUCCAAGGAUGGCUGGUACCGAGUUUAUUUCCCUGGGGACUACGCCGUGGCUGGCCUUGGCUACGUCAAGAACGGCAAAGGAGUCGCCGCCGCGAAGGCCGCGGCGGAGGUGUCAGGUGGCUACGCAACCGAGGAGCCCGCUCCGGCUGUGGCCGGUGCUUGA